CGCCCAUCGCAUCGAGUGAUGGCUGCAGACAUGUCGGUCGAAGAACACAUCACAGCCUCAGCGCGAAACUGGCCAACCACCGCAGCCAGCACAAUGCACGUCUUUGUCGAUCGCCAGUCCACGCCCGCUCGGCGCGCGUCAUUUCUUGUGGCUGCUGGGCAGAGCGGUCGCGUCCUCUCCAGGAGCACCCUGUUCUCGCUAACAUGGCACAUCCCAGUCCAGUCGGGAGUUUGAAUGGACGACAUGGCAGCUCCUAACCUGACCACUUCUGGACCUUCUCCCGGCUACGUACCCAAGAAGUUGAUCGUAGCAUGCGACGGGAGCUGGAAGAAUUCCGAUUCAGGCAUUCUAGGAGGGACGGGGCUCUCGUGGAUCUGGAGAGGUGAAGAACAAGUCUUGACAAAUGUGACAAGGAUUGCCCGAGCGAUCGAAAGUGUAAACCAGAAGGGACAGCAACAGAUCUGCUAUUACCAGCCGGGUGUUGGAUCAGAAGGGAACCUAUUCGGACGUGUCGUUGGUGGUGCGCUGGGCCUGGGGUUGGCAGCGAACAUCCGAGAAGCGUACUCCUUCAUAGCAAACAAUUAUUUGCAUGGAGACGAAAUCAUCCUGAUCGGAUUUUCUCGAGGCGCAUUCACCGCACGCUCGGUCGGAGGCCUCAUCUGUGACCUCGGAAUCCUGAAUACAGAUGGCCUCGAUCACCUGGUCGACGUGUUCGAAGACUGGGAAAAUUGCGGAGCGGAAGGUUAUACGACCCUUCUUGGAAAAGAUGAGCCCACGUUCGAGAUGAAAACUGGCCUUGAGGAUACGAAAGCAUACAUCAAGAAGUAUCGCGAGGCUCUGGUCAAGAUCGCCUACAUCAGCCCCCAGGAAGUGCCUAUCAAAGCCAUCGGUGUCUUCGACACAGUCGGGUCGCUUGGCAUUCCGGUCAAUCCUCUCCUCCAACGUCUCGGCCUCCCUCAUGUGCUGCGAGAAUACCGCUUCUACAACACAGAUCUCGAUCCAAACAUAGAGAAUGCUUUUCAAGUUCUUGCCCUGGAUGAAACUCGCAGCGCGUACCGUCCCGCACUCUGGCAAAAAGUUCCAGGUGUUAACUCAACGCUGAAACAGCUAUGGACAUGUGGUGGGCAUACGAACGCGGGCGGUGGAUAUGCAGACAGCAAUCUUUCGGACAUUUCACUGGCUUGGAUGAUGUCAAAUCUCGCGCCGUUCAUCCAAUUCACUCCAGGAUACGUGCGAAAGCAACACGAGAAAAACCAGCAGCGCCUCCAGCAAGCCAACGUCCCAGCCAAGGGCCUUCUGUGGGCCGCAGGGCAACUGAGAAAUAAAGGAAAAGGAAUUCAAGCCCUAUUGGGCUUGGUGUCGCGGAACCCAGGCAGAUACCACGUGCUGGACAAAAAGACAUUGAAGGAGAGACAGGAAGAGCCACUACAGAAUACGAAUGAGCGCAUCCAUGUUGCCGUGCGCUCGAGAAAGAAGACCGGCGGGUUGAAUGAGAAGAAUGAGAUCGUCAAGUAUGAGCCUAAUGGCCUCGCCGAGGAGGACUAUGAGCUUGUCGAUGAGAACGCGGAGCCGGGAAAGGCGAUGUGGAGGUACAUUGGGAAGGAUCCUCAAUUCGCCGGGUUGAUCCUGCUAGAGGAUGAGUUGGGAAUAUUUGAGAGGGAAAUUUUCGAGGAUUGCGUUUCCAAAACUGCUGUGGAAGUGGGAAAAUGAGAAACGCUGUCCGAGCGGUAAUGUCGUGGACGUAGAAAUCUCACCAAUGUAAUGCUGCUGUGUACCUCCUCGCCACCUCUGCACUCUCAUCAACUUCUCGAAAUUUCUCGAUCCCACUGCUUGCGCCUUGCUCAUCUACUGCCCAGUGUCCUUCCUCGAUCAUCCGCCUCCAGCUAUUGAGUAUCAAAUGCAGCUGCGUUCGAUGUCUGGGAAUGAAUGCAUUGAUCUUCGU